CCCAAAUAUUUUUUAUGAUAACAUGGUAAACGUGGGAUUGUGCAACACUUUUACAGUUUUACUUGGGUGUGUUUCAAGUACCUUUGUUUUGACUUGUGAGUUACUAUAGAAUGAAAAAUUGAAGUAAUUUAUUCAAUAACUGCUACUGCUCUAGGUGAAAGACGUCUACAGCAUGAUUACUACCCCGUAUUUAUUAAUGCAAGUGUCAUGUGGAAAGGUCUAAAUCAACCUAAAUGUCAUAUUUGCCGGACACUGUCCACUUUCAAAAAGUGUUCGGCAGUGUCCCGUAUUGCUAAAGUUUCCCUUGCAUGUACGGCGUGGUCAACGGUUUACUGCAGCUGCAAGCAAUGCUCAUGGUCAGUCUGAUUAAUUAUUGCAUAUGUAACAUGUUGCAAAAUACAACUUGUACAAUGUACUAUAUUUGUAACACUGUAUACUCGUAUGAGUCGUAUCGUACUAAUAAUUUGCAUGUUGUCCGUGCCGGUACGUAGACUGGGUGAAUUGAAUCUAGGAAACACCAUAAAUGCAAGGAAUUACUUUAAUUUGGAUGAAUUACUGUUCGACAGUCCGAGAUACUAAACCACGGCACAUUACGUAUGUUAUGCUGUAGCGCCAAACGCAACAACCAGGAAAGUACUUAUUUGAUAAUCAGUCCAUGCUAAACCGGGAGAGUACGAUUGCACCGGUAUUUGUGCAAUCCACCUUUCCCAACCAUUGUAGCUUUUAAAUUCCGCAUUGUAUUGUACAUACGCCGUGGUCCAGCAGGUAUAGAAUUGGACUGAUCGUGUUCGAAGCUUUCAUCCUCGCACGAAAAUUUAUCGAUUGCGAAGAGUUGUUCUAUUACCUCUACUCUGGAAGAUGGGAAAUCUCUAUACCUGGGAUUUCCAGUAUUAUCUGCUCUAGUAUUAAUGGCAGACGGUGGAAUUAAUCAUCCCCACAACAUCACCAUUUCUUGGGAUGACUACCUGGAAACCGUUAGCAAUGCGUCCUCCUAUCUUGACUUUCCGCCGCCAAGAUAUCGCCGCGGAGCUGAGGAAUUAAGCCAUCGCUUAGAAGAACUGAAGAUAGAAUUGACCGCAUCCGCUGCCGAUUUGAAAACGUUCAAUCUUGACGAAACGGAUGGUCCAUUGCGCACCAAUGCUAACGGACUUGGACUCCGCACUUCCAAAACAUCACGCCCGCGCUUCCGUACUCCGCGUACAGAAAAUAAGGAAGAGCUUUUGAAAUCUCGCCGCUACAAUAAUCCCGACUCGGAUUCACGUGAUAGAAAACAAGGGAAUGCUGCAGUAAGGGAUAGCUCGAAACGAACAACUGGAGCAGGAAAUCGACCAGGAAAUGAUACCUAUCGAAUUUAUAACAAACCAUACUGCGGAUCGUGUCAAUGGUGGAAACCAACAUAUUCUUCCGGUCAUGAAAACACGAAUACCAUGCGACUCACCGGCAGCUACAGACACGACAAAGAUACCCCUGAAAACUUUUGCAGAAAGUAUGUCGCCGACAAUCUUGUGCAUAUGUCGCUGCGACAGAUCUGCACCAGAUUACUUCACUAUCGCAUUGAUAUCAGUAAUCUUCCUUUUAUUACGUCGCGGUCAGAUAAGCCGGGACUUUCCCGCAGUCACAGUGUCCCGGCCAAUAUACAGCAGCUGAUUGGAAAAUUCAAGGUCCACAACAGCAUCCUUUGUUAUGGAACAUUACGCAAAGGUGACGUAAGAAAACUGGAACGUCACUACGCCAGGCUGUACCGGCAAUACGAACAAAUUAAACGUGAAAUAUAUGUCGCUGAUAACAGAACCAUAGCGGAAGUGUUAACGCUGGUAAAAAACAAAUCUGUCAUAAGAGCGCAACUGAAAAAUUUAUUGUGGAUACUGGAAUUAUCCCGGCGCGAUGCGCUGGACGCGUCGGCAAUGGUCCGAAGUAUGCCGCUACCAGUUAUUACAGCUGACAAAAUUACCGAAGGGGAUAAAAAACGCGCUUUGCUGAAAGAUUUGCGAGCUGCACAAAUGCUCUUCAACUGAAACUAGCCAGAUGUGCAAAAUUUUUUCCAUCUGUUACUACACUGGAAAGCCCGCUACUAAUAUUGCAUUUCAGAUUCUUAUUUUGAGAAUUAUUUAUAUGCGAACUCUGUUAAAUGCUUUUGUUUCUAUGUUUUUUUACACAAAUAUAUGUAACUGCGAAUGCGUACGAUGUAUAUUAUAUAUCUGUACAUGUUAGUAAUACCAAGGUACCUUGGUAAUACGAGUGUUUCAGUGUUCUCGUUAAUGAUAUUAUAUACCUAG